ACAGACAGACAAGGCAGUGCUAUAAAAUGGAUGCACAGUGUAGUAAAUAACCAUAAAUAAACAUUUCGGUUAGUUAAUGGAGAUAAAUAUACACACAUCUGUACGAAAACUUUGCCGAGUUAGUUUGAGAACAUUGCAUUGUACCGAAAGUUUGAAGCCAACAGUUGACUCUUAACCUUGAAUUAUUAUAUAUCGACAAUUUUGUAACUUUUCGGCUUAUUUAAAUUAUUCAGUCAAUAUGGUUUCGCAAUUGCAUGCAUAAAUUGACGUAGUGAGGUGCAAAGUGUUGGCUGCUUCCUCCGGGGUUCGUAUGUACGAGAGUGUGUGGUCAUCAUACGUUGGUUGGCGUGUGUGGAACCCAACGUCUGAUGGUGUUCAGUGCAUAUCUUCUCGAGGAAAUCUCACUAUUCGCACUUCAAUUGUCUGCAAAUUGCGUUGGUCGUGGUUCUAAAUAGCAGAAAAUGAAUUCUGGUAACGAAAAUCACAAAUUGCUUCUGGAAGAGUUUCGGUCUCAAGUAUCAGUAGGAGACUUUUUGUCAGAUGAAAUGGUGAAGGAUGACGCUUUUUUGAUGCGAUGGCUGAUUGCACGAGACUUUAAUGUGGAUAAGGCGCUCGUAAUGUUAAAAAAUUGCAUGACGUGGAGAAAAGAUUAUCAAAUUGAUUCAAUUUUGGAAUGGGAACCUCCAGAAGAUCUUAAGAAAGCGUGCCCGUAUGAAAUAACUUUCAAUGAUCGUUCCGGACGUCCAGUUCUUCUCUUUCCCUGGGCACGAUGGACUCCGUGGGACUUUACUGACCAUGGUCGUCGAGAUGAAUACCUAAAAUACAGUUACCAAAUGCUGGAGAAAUGUGUGGCUGCCAUAAGAAAGCCAGCGACUCAGUUUACUCUUAUUGCUGAUUCAGAUGGCUUUACGUUCCGUCACAUGAGUCGAGUUAAAGCCCUUGAAGCCAACCUAGAAGUUUUGAGAGGAUAUGAAUGCCGCUAUCCUGAAAUGAUGGGUCUUGCAAUUGCUGUAAAUUGUCCGAAAGUAUUUUCUCUUCUAUUCGCCGUUAUCAAACCCUUGAUGUCGUCCCGAACUCAGGAAAAAUUGGAAUUAUACGAUUCAAAUAGUGCCAAAUGGAUGAAGCGGUUGGUUCACUACAUUCCUGAAAAUGACCUCCCUGAAAAAUACGGAGGUCGAAGAAUGACCCAAAUCAUGGAGAGGAUUGAAAGUCCACAACAAGGAUGUGAUAUUGAAAUUAGUGCAUAGUCAGAGUCAAAAUUCCAGUCCAGCUCAUGGGCAGCAAAAUUACCAUAAAUUUAUGACUGUACUUACUCCGAUCUCUAAAUAUUUGUUAUUUGUGCUACCCAACGUGGAAAUGGUAUAAAUUGUAUGUUUCAUAAAUUAUUGUUUGGUAUACAAAGUUCAAAAGCAAUAAGUACAAUUGACGGAUGUUCCUUAAUGAGCAUGCUCGUAAUAGUUAAAAUUACAUUUAUGUAUGUAUUUGAAUCUUAUGACCAUGCUAACAAUUAAGCAUAUAUUUUUCUUCUCACUACUAUUGGACAAUACGUAGAAUGUCAACAUUUAUCCUUUUUUACAUACAUGCCAAAAUUAUACUUAAUCAUGUUAACUAUCAUAGUAAAAGCAUAAUUGAGUAGUAUUUAUAUAAUUUAAUUGGUAAUACCAACCUGGUAUGCAAGUAAAACGAAAUAAAUAAUCCAAAUCUAUUUACCUAACUAUCUCACUAAUCCAUGUAUCUCAUCGCGAUUAAUUAUGUAAUCCAAUCAAUCCAUAAAUACACGAGCAAUAAAAGCAAUAUUAAAUGGGUA